CCUGGGAGCGGGCCCCGGGCGUGCAGCCCGCAUCGUGCCGCGCUCACGCGUGGGAGACACGCCUGUGGGACGCGGGCGCAGAAACCCGCCAGUCCCGGAACGGGCCUCCAGCAGGGAAAUCUGCUCGUCCUUCGUGGCCCUCCUUCACAGGCCCUGCUCCUUCCCAGAUUUUUACGAAAUCCAAAUUCCAACCUACCCCGAGCCCACCUCCAGCGAUUUAGAGCGUUUCACAGAGCGCCGAGUGCAUGGCGUCGGGUUGUGUAACCUGAAAACGCUCUUGCCUUUUUUUCUCAUCUGUACAGUGGGUAUGAUUUUUUUUUUUUUUUUAAUCAGCCAAUUUCAGGUUUUGAUUCCCACCAUGGCUAUCACACAGUUUCGGUUAUUUAAAGUUUGCACCUGCCUUGCAACAGUAUUCUCAUUCCUAAAGAGGUUAAUAUGCAGAUCUGGCAGAGGACGGAAAUUAAGUGGAGACCAAAUAACUCUGCCAACUACAGUUGAUUAUUCAUCAGUUCCUAAACAGACCGAUGUUGAAGAGUGGACUUCCUGGGAUGAAGAUGCCCCCACAAGUGUAAAGAUUGAAGGAGGCAAUGGGAAUGUAGCAACACAACAAAAUGCUUUGGAACAACUGGAACCUGACUAUUUUAAGGACAUGACACCAACUAUAAGGAAAACUCAGAAAAUCAUUAUUAAGAAGAGGGAACCACUAAAUUUUGGCAUCCCAGAUGGUAGCACAGGUUUCUCUAGUAGAUUAGCAGCUACACAGGAUAUGCCUUUUAUUCAUCAAUCUCCUGAAUUAGGUGACUUAGAUACUUGGCAGGAAAAUACCAACGCAUGGGAAGAAGAAGAAGAUGCGGCCUGGCAAGCAGAAGAAGUUCUGAGGCAGCAGAAGAUAGCAGACAGAGAAAAGAGAGCAGCAGAACAACAAAGGAAGAAAAUGGAGAAGGAGGCACAGCGGCUAAUGAAAAAGGAACAGAACAAAAUUGGCGUGAAGCUUUCAUAACGGAUGUCCUUCACAUGUCAUAGUGCCAGUAGGAGAGAUAUGAGCUCCACAAUUCAAGCAACAUUUAUAUGGAUUAAGACUAUUUUCAGAAUACAAACACAUUGCUUGAUUUUAAUGCAUUCAUCAGACCAUCUGGGGGACCAGGAUUCUCUCAGAGUACCUUGAGCUCUUGUGAAUGAGACUCAAAAAAACAAAGACCUAUGAGGCAAUAUUUUUUUCAACAUGCUCCAAGUGUACGACAAUUGUUUGCUGUAGAGAAAUUAUUACAAAUGGAAUAUACCAGUACCUCUUCUAGCUAGUGUUUCUAGCUAAAAUAAAUGGGUGUAAAUAAUUUUAUGGUGGGAAAGAACUCUGCUCUCUAUAAUGCUUUCCUUCAUUGUGCAUAAUGAUAAAAUAAAUAAUUUUAAAUAUUCCUUUGUUUCCAUGAUUAUCUGACCUAAUUCAGACAAACUGGCAGGGCUUUAACCUCUUUAUUUUUGUUUUCAGAAGCUGGUAUUGGCAUACAUUUCUUCUAGUCUGAACUGGUAUUGUUUACGUUUAAUACGACAUUAAGGAAUUUGAUGACUUUGCUUUUUAAGAAAAUGACAUUAAAUGCAAUAAUUUUAUUUAUCAUCAA